AAAAGAUAUGUAGAUGGAAAGCUGCAUGUCUCGGACUGCGGAGGAUGCUGGAGAACAAGACGACAGAUGCGUCUCGCCUGCUGUGGGAAUAUAAACUAAGAACAAGUUUAAAGGACUCGCUUUGGAGGAUUUUGCCAAGCGGUUGCGGAUGGAGACUGUGCAUUAGUGGUCGUUGUGAUCCGGAGGCUGAUCAUCACUCGUUUUCACUUAGACAGUGAUGACAAAUUCAAGAGGGAUGGAAGAACUGUGAACUUGAAUGAGUGGAACCAAUUGCAAAUCACCACCUGUUAGUUGAAUAUCAGCAGCUGUAGGACUCUGGCUGGGCCUGAGGGCCAAAACCUUGUACUGGAAUAAAGAAAGGAAGAAAAGAAAAACAUCAGCCCUUAACCAGCAUCUGCAAAGACUCCCCUGCCUCCUUCCCCAUGGCUUGACCUCCAUGCUGUGCUGUGCUGAAGAUCUUUCCCUGGAGCACAUGGAUUUCAAGACUUCAAAUGAAGAGACAAAGACUGGGAUUUAUUUGCUUCAAGAUGGUAGCGAGGAGCCUUUCAAUAUCCGCCUGCACCUGGCCAAAGAUAUUCUCACCAUUCAAGAGCAAGACGUCAUCUGUGUGUCUGGGGAACCGUUCUACUCGAGUGAGAGAACAGUAACGAUCCGUCGGCAGACAAUCGGAGGGUUUGGGUUGAGCAUCAAGGGUGGUGCCGAACACAAGAUCCCUGUUGUUAUAUCUAAAAUAUCAAAAGAACAGAAGGCUGAACUUUCCGGACUUCUGUUUAUUGGAGAUGGAAUUCUCCAGAUUAACGGCAUUAACGUGAGGAGUUAUCGUCAUGAAGAAGUGGUGCAGGUUCUGCGAAACGCAGGUGAGGAAGUGACUCUGACCGUGUCUUUCCUGAAGAGGACGCCUGCAUUUCUGAAGCUGCCACUGUGUGAGGACUGCUCAUGUAUACCAAGUGACCAGAGCAGUGGAAUAUCGUCUCCACUGUGUGACAGCGGCCUACAUCUGAACUACCAUCCCAACAACAUG